AUGGCCGGUACCAAGGACUCUCGCAAGUGGCAAGACUCACUCAAAGGCAAACGCCGUGGCCUCCCAGAACCUGUGUUCUCCCACGUCUCCGACCGCCGUGGUGGCCGCACUGCCUGGUCGUCAUCCGUCACAGUCUCCGGUGUCAACAUUUCAGCUCGCUUCUGGUACGAUGGCCAGAACCUAAACAACGCGAACGAAGAUGCCGCUGAGGUCCUUCUGACACGUAUGCGCAACCCAAGCGUGUACGGAGAUCUCUUCGCUGGCCGCUCUGCGCGAUCAGCUUCUUCGGUUUCAUCUUCCGCAUCUCGAACGACGGACCGUUUCGGCGCCCGCUAA